AUGCUAGCACUAGUCCGAUCGAAACGAUGGCUGAAAGAUUUUGGUGAUGUUAUCAAAUGUGUGACCGGUCUCAGUCCAUGGAAGUAUAAUGGUUACGGUUGUUGGUGCGGCAAAGGGGGACAUGGGACGCCAGUAGAUGGCAUUGAUACCUGCUGUCAAAAACAUGACAGAUGUUAUGAAGCAUUAAACUCCAAGUUUAAAUGCCUAAUUUAUUUCCAACCGUACCGCUGGGCAUGCCAUAAUCAAACAUCUCAAAAUAUGUGCCGCGCUGGACUCUGUCUCUGUGACACGGCGGCAGCCCGGUGCUUCAAUCAAUACAAAUAUCCUGCAAGAAAGAAGAGAUGUCCGGCGAAGUGGUGGAGUACAUUCUCUUCAGCCACUACGGUUGCCGUAAAGACAUGUCAUGAACCCUGA